CCUGCUCUGGCCGCGGGAGGUGGUGGCCGCCGGAGCCCGAGAGGGGGACUUUAUCUGCCAAGAUGGCUUCUAGAAGGCGAGCCUUGAGCUUCAGUGAAAGGCAUCAGAAAUUAGUAGAUGUAAAUUACGGCAAACAAUUGCAUGUCCAAUCACUAAGAAAGAUAGAGAAUACUAUCAAGGACCGGGUGGUGCAUCAUGAAAAUGAUGACCGCGUGGAGCGCAAGAGAUUCCUCAGAUUAUUACAGAACGAACAAUUUGAGUUGGAUAUGGAAGAAGCCAUUCAAAAGGCAGAAGAAAACAAAAGAUUGAGGGAACUCCAGCUUGAACAAGAAGAAAAAUUGGCUAUGGAAUUGGCAAAACUAAAACAUGAAAGUCUAAAGGAUGAAAAGAUGAGGCAACAAGUAAGAGAAAACAGUAUUGAGCUCAGAGAAUUGGAGAAGAAAUUAAAAGCAGCUUAUAUGAAUAAAGAAAGGGCAGCUCAGAUUGCAGAGAAGGAUGCCAUUAAAUACGAGCAAAUGAAACGUGAUGCUGAAAUAGCCAAAACCAUGAUGGAGGAACACGAGAGAGUAAUAAAGGAAGAGAGUGCUGCGGAGGACAAACGAAAUAAAGUAAAAGCACAGUAUUAUCUGGACUUAGAGAAACAACUUGAAGAACAAGAGAAGAAAAAGCAGGAAGCAUAUGAGCAGUUAUUAAAAGAGAAACUCAUGAUUGAUGAAAUUGUUAGGAAAAUCUAUGAAGAAGAUCAAUUGGAAAGACAACAAAAGUUAGAAAAAAUGAAUGUAACUCGAAGGUAUAUAGAAGAAUUUCAGAAAGAGCAGGCUCUGUGGAGAAAGAAGAAGCGUGAGGAGAUGGAAGAAGAAAACAGAAAAAUCAUAGAAUUUGCCAAUAUGCAGCAACAAAGAGAAGAAGAUCGGAUGGCAAAAGUUCAAGAAAAUGAGGAAAAAAGGCUACAGCUUCAGAAUAUGCUGACUCAGAAAUUGGAAGAAAUGCUGCGGCAACGUGAAGAUUUGGAACAAGUGCGACAAGAAUUAUACCAGGAAGAACAAGCUGAAAUGCAUAAGAUGAAACUAAAAGAGGAAGCAGAAGAGAAAUUGAGAAAGCAAAAGGAGUUGAAGCAAAAUUUUAUAGAACAAAUGGCCCUGAAGGAACUAGUACUCCAGGCUGCCAAAGAGGAAGAGGAGACCUUUCGAAAGGCUAUGCUCGCAAAACUUGCUGAAGACGAUCGGAUAGAACUGAUGAAUGCUCAGAAACAAAGAAUGAAGCAACUAGAACACAGGAGGGCUGUGGAAAAACUCAUUGAAGAGCGUCGCAACCAGUUCCUUGCAGACAAACAACGUGAACUGGAAGAAUGGCAGUUGCAGCAAAGACGACAAGGAUCCAUUAAUGCAAUUAUUGAAGAAGAAAGACUAAAACUUCUUAAAGAACAUGCUACAAAAUUACUAGGAUAUCUCCCUAAAGGAGUUUUUAAAAAAGAGGAUGAUAUCAAUAUGCUUGGUGAAGAAUUUAGGAAAGCAUAUCAGAAAAGGAGUGAAAUUUGUGGAGAGAAAUGAUACCAUCAAGAUUUGGUAAAACCCAGAUUGUUUUUACCACUA